GAAAAAGAGUUGGCGUCGCUAAUAAAGUUACGUUACCUCCAGCUGUUCUGACGCAGGUUGUGACGAAAAGGGCCUUGUCCCCGCCCACCGGGAGCCUGACAACCAAUAGGAACUCCCUUGGGGAUAAUGUGUAUCCAUAAAACGCGAGGAUUCGAUAUGAGCGUUUGACUCAACAAGUGCACACAAGUGAUGGAACACUCAAAGCAGUCUGAGUUCAUUUCGAACGACAAAAAAGAAACGGGCGACGCCAGUUUGGUGCUCAAUGGAAUCUUUGACAGAGUGGUCCAAAGACCUCCCGUUGCUCUCCAGGAUCCGGCCGCGGAGUCCGGGUCGCACCGAUCGGCGGCCUCGGUGACGGAAAGCCGGAAAGAGGAGAGCACCAGAAGCGUGGAGGACAACGAGGUGAGCCUCCCGUCUCUGGCCGCAGCCUACACGACCAUCUUACGCGGGCUUGGGGAGGACCCACGGCGGCAGGGGCUCGUCAAAACUCCCUGGAGAGCCGCCACAGCCAUGCAGUUCUUCACCAAGGGCUACCAGGAGACCAUAAUCGAUGUGUUGAAUGAUGCUAUCUUUGAUGAGGACCACGACGAGAUGGUGAUUGUCAAAGACAUCGACAUGUUCUCCAUGUGCGAACAUCACUUGGUGCCCAUCAUCGGCAGGGUUCAUAUCGGUUACCUUCCCAACAAACGAGUUCUGGGUCUCAGCAAGCUGGCCAGGAUGAAAGACAAAGUUUAUAAGACAGUGGCGAAUCCAGCCAUGUGGUGCGGCCGACACAACCUGGAGCUGAACACGCUCAAGACUGUAGAGAUGAUCGUGAACUUCAGGAGGCAUCCUUCGCCACAGCUGCCCCUCACAUUGUCCAGCUCCCUUGUGUCAACCGUUGAGACCUUCAAGUUCCUGGGAAUUACAGUCUCUCAGGACCUGAAGUGGGCGACCAACAUCAACUCCGUCCUCAAAAAGGCCCAGCAGAGGAUGUACUUCAUGCGGCUUCUGAGAAAGUACGGCCUGCCACCGGAGCUGCUGAGACAGUUCUACACAGCGGUCAUCGAAUCAGUCCUGUGUUCUUCCAUCACAGUCUGGUUUGGUGCUGCUACAAGAAAGGACAAACUCCGACUGCAACGGACAAUCAAAACUGCUGAAAGGAUUGUCGGUACCCCCCUACCCACCAUUGAGGACUUGCACGCUGCCAGAACUAAGACAAGGGCGUGCAAAAUCCUCUCGGACCCUCCGCACCCCGGUCACCAGCUCUUCCAGCUCCUUCCUUCAGGAUUGUCGAGAUCUUCAGCCGCAGACUACAAGUUCAGGAGAGGUUGACCAAGCAAAUCGCUGUGGCGGUCACUGAAGCUCUGAAGCCCACAGGCGUUGGUGUUGUCAUCGAAGCAACGCAAGUACACGGAAAACACUGAAUGGAGAAAGUAUUUGUACAGUGGAAUCUGUCAAUAGAAAUCAUGUCUCAAGCUUGAACAUUUACUAGUAACCCUCAACAUAACUUCUUGUCACAGUGUGUUUAACGUCAUCCGUUCCUGUCUGCAGUCAUAUGUGUAUGGUGAUGCGAGGUGUCCAAAAGAUGAACAGCAAGACCAUCACCAGCACCAUGCUGGGAGUCUUCAGGGAAGAUCCCAAAACUCGUGAUGAGUUUCUGACGUUGGUCAGAAGCUGAAGUUCCUCUUCCACUUGUUGCCAGGGGUUACCUCCAUGAGCACGGACCAGCUAAAGUGCAUUUGUGUGUGUAUGUGUGUGUGUGUGUGUUUUCAUGUUACCAAAGGAAAGAAAACUUCACAUACUGUAGUUUACCUCAUCAGACAUGUUUCACUCAACUGACCUCAAACUCCAGUUCAGAGGCUUAGAAUAAACUAGACUGAGUAAGGUGAGUAAUGGUUUAGAAUUAUAUUUUUAAACAGAUGUAAAUUAUAAGUAUAUGUAUGCAGGAUGAUAUAGUUAGUUGAAGAUAAAGUGAGUAUGUUUUUGAGAAGUCCAUCCAUUCAUUUUACAGUGCUUGUCCUUAUUAGGGUCAUGGAUGACCUGGAGCUGAGAGGCGCGGUGCACCUUGGACUAGUCAUCAACCAUUUGCAUAUUUUCCCCUUGUUUCAUGACUAUGAGUCUGAAUGGUUGUUUGUCUAUUUAUGCCCUGCGAUUGGCUAGAAACCAUUCCAGGGUUUACCCCGCCUCCUGCCCAAAAUCAGCCGGGAUAGACUCCAACUCACCUGGGACCCUAAUGAGGACAGGCAGUCCAAAUGGAUGGAUUUUCGCAGGGGGUUCUGUGACACGGGUGGCACGGUGGACGACUGGUUAGAUCGUCUCCCUCACAGUUCUGAGGACUGGGGUUCAAUCCCCGGCCCCGCCUGUGUGGAGUUUGCAUAUUCUCCCCGUGCCUGCGUGGGUUUUCUCUGGGCUCUCCGGCUUCCUCCCACAUAACAAAAACAUGCAUGGUAGGUUAAUUGACAACUCUAAAUUGCCCGUAGGUGUGAGUGAGAAUGGUUGUUUGUUUGUAUGUGCCCUGCGAUUGGCUGGCAACCACUUCAUGGUGUACCCCACCUCCUGCCCGAUGAUAGCUGGGAUAGGCUCCAGAACGCCCGCGACCCUAGUGAGGAGAAGUGGCUCAGAAAAUGGAUGGAUGAAUGGUUCUGUGACACGGUCAAGCAUGUGUUUAGCACAUCUGACGACUGGUUAGCACAUCUGCCUCACAGUUCUGAGGACCCGGGUUCAAAUCCAGCCUCGUCUGUGUGGAGUUUGCAUGUUCUCCCCGUGCCUGUGUGGGUUUUCUCCAGUUUACUCCCACAUCCCAAAAACAUGCAUGUUAGGUUAAUUGGCCGUAGGUGUGUAUGUGAGUACAAAUGGUUGUUUGUCUAAAUGCGCCCUGCGAUUGUCUGGCGACCUGUUCAGAAUGUUCCCUGCCUCUCGCCCGAAGUCAGCUGGGAUAGGCUCCAGCAUGCCCUAGUGAGGAUAAGCAGUGUGGAAAAUGUAUGUGUAUGUGUCUGUCUGUCUGUCUAUCUAUCUAUCUAUCUAUCUAUCUAUGUGUGUACAUAUAUAUCGAUCCAUCCAUCCAUUUUCUGUACUGCUUAUCCUCACUCGGGUCGCGGGCAUGCUGGAGCCUGUCAUAUAUAUAGAUAGAUAGAUAGAUAUGUGUAUAUAGAUAGAUAUGUGUAUAUAUAUAUAUAUAUAUAUAUAUAUAUAUAGAUAGAUAGAUAUGUGUAUAUAGAUAGAUAUGUGUAAAUAUAUACAUAUAUAUAUAUAUAUAUAUAUAUAUAUAUAUAUAUACCAUACCCGCUGUGAACCAUGGGGUUGGUAACAUCAUGCUUUGGGGCUGUUUUUCUGCAAAGGGACCAGGACGACUGAUCCGUGUAAAGGAAAGAAUGAAUGGCGCCGUGUAUCAUGAGAUUUUGAGUGAAAACCUCCUUCCAUCAGCAAGGGCAUUGAAGAUGAAACGUGGCUGGGUCUUUCAGCAUGACAAUGAUCCCAAACACACCGCCCGAGCAACAAAGGCGUGGCUUCGUAAGAAACAUUUGAAGGUCCUGGAGUGGCCUCCCCAAUCUCCAGAUCUCAACCCUGUAGAAAAUCUUUGGAGGGAGUUGAAAGUCUGUCCUGCCCAGCGACAGCCCCAAAGCAUCCCUGCUCUAGUGGAGAUCUGCAUAGAGAAAUGGGCCAAAAUACCAGCAACAGUGUGUGAAAACCUUGUGAAGACUUACAGAAAAUGUUUGACCUCUGUCAUUGCUGGCAAAGGUUAUAUAACAAAGUAUUGAAAUGAACUUUUGUUAUUGAACAAAUACUUAUUUUCCACCAUAGUUUGCUCAUAAAUUCUUUAAAAAUCAGACAUGUCGAUCAAUCAUGGAAUUAUUAUUUUUUUCUCAUAUAGUCUCUCAUAGGUGAGGUAUACCUGUGAUUAAAAUUACAGGCCUCUCUCAUCUUUUUAAGUGGGAGAACUUGCACAAUUAGUGGCUGACUAAAUACUUUUUUGCCCCACUGCAUGUAUAUAUUCCAUUCCAUUUUCCGUUCUGCUUAUCCUCACUAGGGUUGCGGGCUUACUGGAGCCGAUCCCAGCUAUCUUCGGGCAAGAGGCGGGGUACACCCUGAACUGGUUGCCAGCCAAUCACAAGACACAUAUAAACAAACACCCAUUCACACCUACGGGCAAUUUAAUGCAUGUUUUUUGGGAUGUGGGAGGAAACCGGAGUACCCGGAGAAAACCCACACAGGCAAGGGAAGAACAUGCAAACGCCCCACACACACACACACACACACACAUAUAUAUAUAUAUAUAUAUAUAUAUAUAUAUAUAUAUAUAUAUAUACACACACACACACACAUUUUUUUUUCUCUUAGGGGAAGGUUCUAUCUGUAUGUACUAGCUUGCCAAAAUAAUGUGUCCGAAGUGUCGCUCAUUGUGAAUUAAACUCAAAAUCUAAAGUAAACGUGUAUGUGUGUUCUCGUGCCAGCACGUCUGUUCUGUCUAUCGUUGUUGGUAACAGUUUGUGUAGUACAUUUGGUUCAUGAAUGCAUCCUUACUUUCAGAUGGUCGAAGUGUAACAAGGCUAUUGUGUUGUGUGUCUGGAGUUGUGAGUGUGGCUCAUUUUUGUGUGGCCUUGCGGAGGGGGAAUGCUGGUUAUAUGGCUCUCUCACUAUUAUUGUCACUUAAUGUACAUGCUUAUUUGGACUUCUCAAUCAACAAUAAUACACUUAAGUCCAGAAGUAUUUGGAAAGCAUCUUUUUGUCUGUAUCCACCAGUGAUUCCAGACCAUCCAUCCAUCCAUUUUCCUCCGCUUAUCCGAGGUCGGGUCGCGGGGGCAGCAGCAGCCUCAGCAGGGAAGCCCAGACUUCCCUCUCCCCUGCCACUUCCUCCAGCUCUACCGAGGGGAUCCCGAGGCGUUCCCAGGUAAGCAGAGAGACAUUGUCUCUCCAGUGUGUCCUGGGUCGUCCUCGGGGUCUUGUAAUCAGAUGCCCGAGCCACCUCAUCUGGCUCCUCUCAAUGCGGAGGGGCAGCGGCUCUACUCUGAGCCCCUACCGGAUGACUGAGCUUCUCACCGUAUCUCUAAGGGAGAGCCCGGAUACCCUGCGGAGGAAACUCAUUUCGGCCGCUUGUAUCCGGGAUCUUGUUCUUUCGGUCACGACCCACAGCUCGUGACCAUAGGUGAGGGUAGAAACGUAGAUCGACUCGAGAGCUUCGCCUUUCGGCUUAGCUCCUUCUUCACCACAACAGACAGAUACAAAGUCUGCAUCACUGUAGACGCUGCACCGAUCUGCCUGUCGAUCUCCCGUUCCAUUCUCCCCUCACUCGUGAACAAGACCCCAAGAUACUUGAACUCCUCCACUUGGAGCAGGAUUCUCAUCCCCGACCCGGAGAGGGCACUCCACCCUUUUCCGACUGACGACGAUGGUCUCAAAUUUGGAGGUGCUGAUUUUCAUCCCAGCCACGUCACACUCCGCUGCGAAUCACUCCAGUGAGAGUUAGACAUCACAGCUUGAUGAAGCCAACAGAACCACAUCAUCAAAAAGAAGAGCUGCAAUACUGAGGCCAUCAAACCGGACCCCAUCUACGCCUCGGCUGCGCCUAGAAAUUCUAUCCAUAAAACUUAACAAAAUCGGUGACAAAGGGCAGCCUUGGCGGAGUCCAACAUUCACUGGAAACGAGUCCGACUUACUGCUGGCAAUGCGGACCAAACUCUGACACUGGUCGUACAGCCCGAACAGCCCAUAUCGGGGUUCGGCACACCAUAUUCCUGAAGCAACCCCCACAAAACUCUCAGAGGGACAUGGUCGAACGCCUUCUCCAAGUCCACAAAACACAUGUAGACUGGUUGGGUGAAUUCCCAUGUACCCUCGAGGACCCUGCCAAGGGUGUAGAACUGGUCCACUGUUCCACGGCCAGGUCAAAAACCACACUGCUCCUCCUGAAUCUGCGGUUCGACUUCCUGACAGACCCUCCUCUCCAGCACCCCUGAAUGGACCUUACCAGGAAGGCUGAGUAGUGUCAGCCCCCUGUAGUUGGAACACAGCCUCCGGACCUUUUUAAAAAGGGGGAUCACCACCCCAGUCUGCAAAUCCAUAGGUACUGUCCCCGAUGUCCACGCGAUGUUGCAGAGGCAUGUCAACCAGGACAGCCCCACAACAUCCAGAGCCUUUCGAAACUCCGGGCAAAUCUCAUCCUUGCCACCGAGGAGAUUUUUAACCACCUCGUUGACCUCAACCCCAGAGAUAGACCCCAGACUCUGCUUCUUCAUUGGAAGGCAUGUCGGUGGAAUUAAAGUAUUCUCCCCACGACUCACAACGUCCCGAGUCGAGGUCAGCAGCGCCCCAUCUCCACUAUACACAAUGUUGAUGGUGCACUGCUUCCCCCUCCUGAGACGCCGGAUGGUGGACCAGAAUUUCCUCAAAGCCAUUCGGAAAUCGUUCUUGAUGGCCUCACCAAACUCCUCCCACGUCCGAGUUUUUGCCUCAGCAACCCACCAAAGCUGCAUUCCGCUUGGCCCAUCAGCUGCCUCAGGAGUCUCACAGGCCAAAAAAGCCCGAUAAGACUCUUUCUUCAACUUGACGGCAACCGUCACGCUCACGGGUUCGGGGAUUUCCGCCACGACAGGCACCGACCACCUUACGGCCACAGCUCUGGUCGGCCGCCUCAGCAAUGGAGGCGCGGAACACGGUCCACUCGGACUCAAUGUCCCCUGCCUCCGCCGAGACGUGGGUGAAGUUCUGCCGCAGGUGGGAGUUGAAACUCCUUCUCACAGCGGAUUCUGCCAGACGUUCCCAGCAGACCCUCACAAUACGUUUGCGCUUGCCCGGUCCGACUGGCAUCUUCCCCCAUCAUCGGAGCCAACUCACCACCUCCGCCCCUCUCUUCACCAGAGUAUCCAAGACAUGCGGCCGCAAGUCCGAUGACACAACCUCAAAGUCAAUCAUCGAACUGCGACCUAGGGUGUCCUGGUGCCAAGUGCACGUGUGGACACCCUUAUGCUUGAACAUGGUGUUCCUUAUGGGCAAUCUGUGGUGAGCACAGAAGUCCAAUAACAGAACACCGCUCGGAUUCUGAUCGGGGGGGCCGUUCCUCCCAAUCACGCCCCUCCAGGUCUCACUGUCAUUGCCCACAUAAGCAUUGAAGUCCCCUAGCAGAACGAUGGAGUCCCCAGCGGGAGUGCUCUCCAGCACCCCCUCCAAGGACUCCAAAAAGGGUGGGUACUCUGAACUGCUGUUUGGUGCAUAGGCACAAACAACAGUCAGGAUCCGUCCCCCCACCUGAAGGCGGAGGGAGGCUACACUCUCGUCCACCGGGGUGAACCUCAAUGUACAGGCGCCGAGCCGUGGGGUAAUAAGUAUACCCAACCUGCUCGACGCCUCUCACCGUGGGCAACUCCAGAGUGGAAGAGAGUCCAACCCCUCUCGAGAGGACUGGUACCAGAGCCCAAGCUGUGUGUGGAGGUGAGCCCGACUUUUUCUCGUCGGAAUGUCUCGACCUCGCGCACCAGCUCGGGCUCCUUCCUUCCCACAGAGGUAAUGUUCCAUGUCCCCUGAGCCAGCCUCUGUAGCCGGGGAUCGAAUCGCCAAGGUCCCUGCCUUCGGUCACUGCCCAUCUCACAGUGCACCCGACCCCUAUGGCCCCUCCCACAGGUGGUGGGCCAAUGCGAAGAUUCCAGACCAGUGUGCAUGAAUAAAAAUGAAAUUAUUUCCUACAAAUAAUGUAUGUGCUCAUCUAUCGAUGCCAGCGACUUGUAGUGAGUCGCAGAACAAUCAAAUUAUCUUGCACUGGAUGUCAGAAGGUACAUAGAUACCCUGUGUAACAAUGACAGGAGGGAAAUGUAUGCAAAAGCAAUAACUCAUGAUCCAAAUCAUACCACGUGUUGAACGUGGCGGAGGAGGUGGUUUGGCAUGGGCAUUUAAAAUUGUUUAAUGAAAUGAGAUCACUCGUGUUUAUUGAUGAUCUGCCUUCCGAGUUGUAUAGGAUUAUACUCUAUACAAAUUAAAUUUUUUGAAGGGAAAUUAAGUGAAUAUUAUUCAAUGGCCAAGUUAGUGACCUGAUCUCAACUUAGAGUAUGCUUUUUUACAGUCUUGUAAUGUAACUGAGUGCAAAUACUACUGUAGCCUGUCUGCAGACUGGAAGUUGGGGACCCCUGGUGUACUGUAGCAUAUAUUGGUUUUGGAUAAAAACGUAAUUAAUUUUGGAAAAGAAUACGCCGGAAGUGACGCCUGCGUUACUUCCGGUUUAGCUCUAUUUUAUGUUUAAUGUUAUAAACAAACUAUUUUUGUCUUGCAAAGGGGCACCACGUCUCUUUUUAUAUUCAUAAACUUUAGAGGAAAAGUGAGGAAAAACCUCUGUCUUAUCAUCUGAAGGUUGUUACAGGAAUGAAAUACGAGUUCUCGAUUUCAGCGGCUUUACUAUUUAACUCAAACACACACAAAAACAGGAAGUGGAAUUUUAUCAAAACUUUAAUUAAAUCUAAAAGGGAAAACUACAGGGAAACAAUGCAGAGGGCUUGACUACUAAUGGUACAGAUACACAUUCUUUUUUUUAACUUGUGGGGUAAGCUUGGAAUUAAAAUGUACGGUGAGCUAUGCGGACGCUGGGAAUUUCUGUUACCGUUAAUUUAACCCAAUUAUGCAUCAAUUUGUACAUAGGAACCGAACGCUGCACUUACGUUGUCCAUCCAUCCAUUUUCUGAGCCGCUUAUCCUCACAAGGGUCGCGGGAGUGCUGGAGCCUAUCCCAGCUAUCA